AUGACCAAGAACUCUCGAACACAUCGACAUUCGCGGCGGGAUAGAGGAAGCACCCGACAAGUAAGCGGAACCAGGGUGCCUUGCGAGCUCGACGCCGGAGCGGUGGAUGCUGGGGUUAGCGGUGAAGCAACUAGGCUUGGUGUGUUGUCACGCAGGGGGGAGGGUUCGCUCGAACCCAGUACAAGAUCACGUGGAGCUGCGAGCAGGGGGGGGAAGCCAAAAUCGUUGGUCAAGUUGAAAUCAAUAUUGCUUGAAGCGAAAGGCAGGGAUUGGAGAACAGCGUUGGCUGCUUUAGAUGAGUUCAAGAUCUCUGGCGGCAGUCUAGACACGACAUCGUACAACAUCGCCAUCGCGGCGUGUAGCAACGGGAGACAGUGGGCCACAGCUGUGAGGUUGUUGAGAGAGAUGCCGACGGAGGGAGUGACCCCCGAUGUGGUUACCUACAACUCAGCGAUCGCUGCCUGUUCAAAGGGGGGUCGAUGGAAAGAAGCUAUGGACCUCCUGACACAGAUGGUUGCACCGACGGAGGGAAUAACCCCCGACGUGGUCACCUACAACUCAGCCAUCGCUGCCUGUUCAAACGGGGGGCGUUGGAAGGAAGCUAUGGACCUCCUGGAGCAGAUGGUGGCACAAGGAGUUCCACCGAAUUUAAUCACGUACAACUCAGCCAUUGGUGCAUGCGCAAAGGGACGACGGUGGGAAGAGGCUAUGGAUCUAUUGGAAGAGGUGAUAGAGCAGGGCUUCCCCCCUAGCACCCGUACCUACAAUCCGGUCAUCGACGCUUGCGCUAAGGGAGGCCGGUGGCUGGAGGCCAUGGAUCUCCUAGGACAGAUGUUGACCAACGAUAUUCCAGCCGAUGUAAUUUCGUAUAGCUCAGUCAUCGCUGCUUGCGGGAGAGGGAGACGAUGGAAAGAAGCUAUGGAUCUCUUGGAGCAGAUGCGUACACAGGGAGUAUCCCCGAACGUGAUCAGCUACAACUCAGCCAUCGAUGCUUGUGCCAAAGGAGAUCGGUGGAAGGAAGCUCUGGAUCUACUUAGGGAGAUGACAACGGUAGGGCUAGUUCCCACUGUCAUCAGCUACAACUCGGCCACGGCGGCCUGUGCAGUGAACGGCCGGUGGGUUGAGGCUUUGGAACUGCUGAAGGAAAUGCCGGCACAAGGGAUAGCCCCAAAUACUAUCAGCUACAACAGCGCCUUGGAUGCUUGUGCAAAGGGGGGACAGUGGGAGAAAGCUGUCAAGCUGUUGAGAGGGAUGUCAACAGUAGGGUCAGACCCCGACAUCAUCAGCUUCAACUCCGCCAUCGAUGCUUGCGGAAGGGGGCAGCAGUGGGAGACGGCUGUGGAGCUGCUGAGAGAGAUGCCAACGGCAGGGCUAACCCCAAACGUCAUCACGUACAACUCAGCCAUCGAGGCGUGUGGGAGGAGUGCACGGUGGCAAGAGGCUAUGGGUCUGUUCCGUGAAAUGCCCACCCGCGGGUUGUCGCCAAAUGUGGUCACGUACAACAGUAUGAUCGACGCUUGUGCAAAGGGGGAACAGUGGGAACUGGCUGUGCAGCUUCUUACGGGAAUGCCAGCACGGGGGGUGGCUCCUGAUGUCAUCAGUUACAACUCAGCCAUCGAAGCGUGCGGAAAGGGGGAACAGUGGGAGCUAGCCUUACAGCUACUUAAGGGAAUGCCCACGCGGGGGCCGAAGCCAGACAUCAUCAGCUACAACUCAGCCGUAACUGCAUGUGCUAAGAGUGGACGAUGGCGGGAGGCUCUCGGCUUGUUAAAAGACAUGGCAACGGUAGGGUUAACCCCGAAUACCGUCAGCUAUGGCGCAGCGAUUCAUGCUUGUGGAAAGGGGGAGCAAUGGGACGUGGCUGUACGAAUCUUGAAAGAGAUGCAAACCCACGGAGCAACCCCAAAUUUGAUAACCUACUCGGCCGCCAUUGAUGCAUGUGCGAAGCAAGGUCGUUGGAAGGAAGCUGUAGACCUACUUACGGAUCUCCGGAGGCAAGGGUUAACUCCCGACGCCCAAACCUACCUCACCGUCAUAUCUGCUUUUCAAAGAUGUAGCGACUAGUUUUGGUAAGGCGUGAAAAUGAUUGUGGCUAGGGUGGAGGCUGUUUUAGCUGUCUGGGGGUGUCAUCUUUUUGGACGUCAUGAACCAACCCUCCAGGGACUUGGUGUAGUGACGAAGGGCGGAGGGACUGCGUCGUGGAAGAUAACCAUCCAACGGGGAGUGACCGCUGAAAAUAUUGACAAAUGGACCAUUGGGCUCUUUCUCCAAGGCCAAGUGGACCUUCUAUUAUCAUGUACCACCUUCCAACACCAGUGAAGUGAAGAUCCAUAUACUCGAUGUUUCGUUCUUUCCGGUUUCGGGUGGUCCAACCGCGGAUCAUUUCAUGAGGAUAUAUUGUACAGG